AUGUGGUUUAGAAGAGAUGAAAAACAAGCUGUUGACAGCGACGCAAACUCCCUUGGAGAGAAAAUUAUCACUCAAAAAUCCAAUGAAGAACAUGAAUUAUUCCAUGAUACAUCCAGUUUCAAUACCGAUAAAGCUUCUAGCGUAGAUGGUGCCGGACAUACCAAGAGAACAUUGUAUAAUAGACAUUUGCAACUUAUAGCCAUUGGUGGUUCUAUUGGAACCGGUUUAUUCGUUACUAUUGGUACUACUGGAUUGAUUAAUGGUGGUCCACUAGGUUUGUUGUUGUCAUAUUGCAUAUCUACAUUAUUAAUUCUUUUGUUAACUACUGCUACGGGAGAAAUGGUGCUGUACAUGCCAGUAGAUGCCCCAUUCCUAAAUAUGGCUGGCCGUGUUAUUGAUCCUGCCUUUGAAGCCGCUGCUUCUGUAAAUUUUUGGAUUAUGCAAAGUCUUUACAUUCCAUUUGAAAUCACUGCAGUCAAUGGUAUAAUUCAUUUCUGGCGUGAUGAUUACUCGCCUGCAAUCACUUUUGUUAUUCAAAUUGCUAUAUAUGCUGCCAUCAACUUGUAUGCAGUAAGAGUAUUUGGUGAAUGUGAAUUUUGGUUUUCAUUAGCAAAAUUGAUUCUUUGUAUUGGGUUAAUAUUUUUUACUUUGGUCACCAUGUGUGGUGGAAAUCCUCAACAUGAUGCAUUUGGAUUUAGAAACUGGAACGUGGCUGGUGGCCCCAUUGGAAUGAAAUAUGCAACUGGGAAUCUAGGUAGAUUUCAGGGAUUCUUGGCUUCCCUUAGACUAUCAAGUACCUUCACUUGCGUUGGUAGUGAAUACUUGAGUAUGACAGCAGGCGAGUGUGUCAACCCCAGAGUCAACAUGCCAAUUGCUUUCAGAACUGUGUUGUACCGCUUGGUGGCAUUUUACAUUGGAGGUGCAUUAUCAGUUUCAAUUUUAAUAGCUUACAAUGAUCCAAAAUAUGUUGCUUUGACAUCAGAUACCUCAAGUGCUGCUUCUUCCCCAUAUGUUGUGGCUAUGCAAAACUUGGGAAUUCAAGUGCUACCACACAUCGUCAAUGGGGUGGUGCUAACAUCAGCGUUCUCUGCCGGUUGUUCAUACACAUACACAUCCUCCAGGUGCUUGUACAAUUUGGCCAUAAAGGGGUUCGUUCCAAAAUUUUUUAGAAUUUGUACCAAGAGAGGUAUUCCUAUCUACUGUGUGUUUGUAUCUUGUUGCUUUGCGUUAUUAUCGCUUUUGCAAUUGGGAAAUUCUGGAAGUAAAGCUUUGAACUAUAUGGUUAAUUUGUGUACAGGAGCACAAGUCCUUAAUUAUGGAUUCAUGUCGAUUAUUUACAUUGGAUUUUACCACGCUGUGAAAGCACAAGGAAUUGAUCGUUCGAAAUUCCCUUACAGAUCAUGGUUCCAACCAUACUCCAUUUAUUUCACUGCAGUUAUAUAUUGGUGCAUUAUUGGUAUAUUGGGAUACCAAGUAUUUUUACCGGGCAUGUGGACAGUUGACGAUUUCUUGUUCAGUUACGUUAUGAUCUUUGUUUCAUUGGCAGUGUUUAUUGUAUGGAAAGUAGUGAAGAGAACUAAAUUCAUUAAACCUAUUGAUGCUGAUUUAACAACUGGUCUUGAUGAGAUUGAGGCACAUGAAGCUGAAUUUUAUGCUCAAUUUGAAGAAAGUAGUCAAGAUGAAAAGAAGAGCAGGUGGAAAGGAUACUUGAAUUGGAUAUUCUAA